ACUGAGUUUGUCCUUCCUCUUCUCACUCGGCAACAGCUGCUGCCCUGUUAGCAGCCAGCUACCACCACAACAACCACAUCGGACAGCCUUAGCAAAAACUUUAUUUUUUAAAUAUUUAUCUUCACAGUAGCGUUUUUUACAUGGACUACACGUUUAUUACGACAAAGCGAGCUGUAUUCAUAAGCGUUUUGGCACGACAGAGAGAGGCUACGGCAGGCUAAUCUGUCUAGCUUUGCUAACAGGCUUUAGAUCAGAACGUUUGAAACAUUGCUGUAUUCAUAAACACAGACAUGGAGUUCAAUGUUAGACGACUAGCAGCGGACGCGGGCACUUUCCUCAGUCGUGCUGUGCAGUUCACAGAGGAGAAAUUCGGGCAGGCAGAGAAGACUGAGCUGGAUGCCCAUCUGGAGAUGCUGCUGAGUCGGGCAGAAUCCACCAAACACUGGACAGAGAAGAUCAUGAAGCAGACAGAAGUUGUGCUACAGCCAAAUCCUAAUGUCCGGGUGGAGGAGUUCCUUUACGAAAUACUGGACAAAAAAGUCCCAACACGUGCCAACAAUCACGAGAUGCUGGGGCAGUGCAUGAUUGAUUCGGGCCACGAGUUUGGACCUGGAACAGCAUAUGGUAGUGCUCUUAUUAAAUGCGGGGAGACGGAAAAGCUGUUAGGCAGUGCAGAGAAAGAGUUCAUUCACAGCUCUGCCAUCAACUUCCUCACUCCUUUUAGGAACUUCAUUGAGGGAGAUUUUAAAACCAUAUUGAAAGAACGGAAACUGCUUCAGAAUAAGCGUCUAGAUUUGGAUGCAGCUAAAAACAGAAUGAAGAAGGCUAGAGUGGCUGAUGCUCGCUCUGCAGAGCUGAACUGCAGUCCUCCGCUGGGAGAGGAGUAUGUGGCUCACUUUUCUUACAUGCUCAGCUUCUUGCAUGUCAGGUGGCUAAAGCUGUGGACUGAGGAGGUGAAGCAGGCAGAGACGGAACUAAGGAUAGCACAGAGUGAGUUUGACCGGCAGGCCGAGAUCACCAGGCUUUUGCUGGAGGGCAUCAGCAGCACUCAUGCCCAUCACUUGCGGUGUCUGAAUGAUUUUGUGGACGCUCAGGCUGCGUAUUACGCCCAGUGUUACCAGUAUACAGUCAAUCUGCAGAAACAGCUGGGCAGUCAAACUGCAAUUUUUCCAUCCACGUUCUCUAACAACAAUCAGCCGUCUGGCAGCUCGUCCGCCAGUGUGUGCGUACCCACAGCACCACCAGCUGCGUCUCUGCCCGCUCCUCCACCCAGCCAGGCUUCACCUGCUCUCAAUGAGCUGCGCAGCUCCUCCGGCACCCGAAAGGCCCGUGUGCUGUAUGACUAUGACGCCGCCAGCAGCACGGAGCUCUCUCUACUGGCAGACGAGGUGAUCACGGUGAGCAGUGUGCCGGGGAUGGACUCUGAUUGGCUGAUGGGGCAAAGAGGAAAUCAGAAAGGCAAAGUGCCAAUUACCUACUUGGAGCUGCUCAACUGAAAUCAGCAAAACCUGUGAAAACAAAUUGACACUGCAGGUGUGUGUUUGACUAGAAUAACACUCCAUGAUGUGAUCAGAGAAAGAUUUUAAUGUAGCGCAGAGCAAUAUAUCAGUCUUCUACACUGCCAUGUGAACGUCCUCUCCUGCCAUUCAGGAGGCGUCACAGUAGCCUUACAGCAAAGAAAAACUCCACCAUCGCCAACUAUUCAGCAGAUUUAUGUGCCAAUGGAUUUAUUUUUUACUGCUAAACUAAUUGAUUUUGCUAUAAUGUGGUUUGAUGCUUUAUUAAAUAUUAUAUGAACACAU